GCUGGGGCGGUGGCGUCGCGGCGGGACUUGACGAGGCGGUGGGUGUUGGGCCGCUUGGCGUUUGGCUGAUGUAGACUGUCGUGUAGACCACCAUGGUCGAGGGCGUCCCCGUGGGCGGGCCUACUAUCAUGGUCCAUGUGGUCGAGGGGCCCAGCAGGCGCGUUAGCGCUGGCGCGUCAGGGGCGGCGCUUGAUGGUGAUUCGGGCCCAGACUUUUUUGACGAUGAAGACGACGAGGACGACGAAGAAGAGCUGCUAGAGGAGGACGACCCUCCUGCUUCGCUUUGCUUGUCGCCUUCUUGGGCCUCGCCACCCACUUCCGACCCCUUUUCCUCCUCUUUUUCCUCGCCCUCCUUUUCCUUGCCCUCCUCUUCCUCCUCCUUUUCCUCCUCCUCGGCCUGCCGCUUUGUCCGGCGGGUGACGUGGCGUCGCUCCAGGUCGGCCAGUAGCUCGGACAGGCUGUUUGGCUGUCCUCCGAUCGGUAUCCUCAUGGUGGGCGACAUUGUGGGUGAAAGAAUGACAAGACGCGAGAGAAGGACUGAGACGAAGAAGAGAAACAGGAACAACUGACAGAAGACACGAAGAGAAAUGCAAAACAACGCCCAGCGUCCAGCGUCCAGAUCCGCGCUACAACAAAAAAGAUGGACGUGUCUGCACUCUACAGCGCCAAAAGAGUGGGAUCAGCGGUCCAGGAUCGCCACGGGGGGGACCGGCGCAGGACAGCAGCGUACAUAUGGCUGGCGGCUCAUCACACCACGCCCCCUUGCCGCGGGUGGGGGAAAAUUAUCGAAACAAGCUUCUUAUCACGCAGUGUGGUAGCGCAGGCCCUGCCCGUCUACCACUGCCGGCGCCACCCAGAACACUCGCCAACCUCAUCGCCCUACAAGAAACGCCCGCCCCUGGUCUACACAGUACACGGCGCCGGACCGGGCCUGGGGAGGCGACGCUGCGACUCGAGCGUCUCUUGGCGGGCCGGCGGCUGGCCAAUUAGCAGGGCCGAGGGCCGGGGUGCCAAACAAAUUCCAGCAAAAUCCAAACAAAGCAAGGGGGCGCUGGGCCCGGGCGGCCUCGCCUGCUGUUUUGGACCUCUGAUCCACAACGCCGAUCAGAGCCCGCUGAUUGCGCCUCACUUCAAAUGGGAAACGCUCCCUUUUUGCCGUCCGUUGCAUCGUGAGUCGCUGGGCGGCCCGGUCAAGGCUGCCUGGGGGGAGGUAAAACGAGUGCGAGAUUGGAACGGCAUCGGGACUGAGGACACGUUGAUCCACCAGGAGUCUUCUCCACCCCAGCCUAAUAUCAACACAUUGGUGGUAGCCCAAGCGGAUUGCCACAUAGCGCCACACAGCGUCUGUAGCUGGGACAGGCAGAUCCUGACCUUGAGAGACAAGUAUCUCAUGCCACCUCGUAUCAAUCUUUGCUAUCGACAAGACCGAUCGCUCACAACGCACCCAGACUGCGUGGCUCUGGAUCUGAGCCGGGUUGGCAAAUCACCUGCCGAGCAAGUUGACAGGCAGUCGGCUCCGAAGUGA